UUACAAUGAGUGAAUGGAAAAAAAUAUAGUUGAGUUUGUCAAGGCAUUAAUUUUGAAUUAAGGAGGGAGCUAAACUAACGCCAUAGGCUAUAUCUUGAUCGUGACCAUGGAUUGCAUUAAUAAAUUAUUUAACUAGUCAACAGUGCAGGGGUCCACUGGAAAUUCAACAAAAAACAGUAUAUAUUCCAGAUAGUUUGUGAUCGAUCGUCAGUUAUCAUCUAAGUUUAUUGGGUGUUCAUAUCAUUAUGAAAAAUAUUAUAUUUUUACUUAAAAUAUUUGCAUUAGUCGUUACGACUUAUUCAGCAGUUCCUUCAUAUAUAAAAAUAUGUGGACGAAAAAAUCCAGAUCUCGAUGGAUGUGUUAGAAAAAGUAUUGAAGUAUUACGUCCUAAAUUUAAAGUUGGUAUUCCCGAGCUUGAUGUACCAUCAGCUGAUCCAUUUUUUUUAGAAGAAGGAUUACCACUUGCAAAUUCACGAGAUCUUCAAGCUUCAGCACGUAACGUGUAUCUUCAUAAUUUUUCAAACUUUGAACUUCAUGGUCUUCAUAUUGAUUUGGAAAAAAAAAAAAUAGACUUUGAUGUUUUCUUUAGAAAAAUUAAACUAGAUGGUGAUUUUGAUGUUAGAGCUAAAAUUGUUGUUGAACUUAAAGGAACAGGACCAAUUGAAAUUCAUGCAGAAAAUGUAAGUGGCAAGGGAUAUCUUGUAUAUCAAUUGGUAGAUACAAAACGAGGAAAACGUUUAUAUUUUUCAUCAAUGACACUAAAAUUAGCUAUUGAAGAUUUUGAAUCAAAAUAUGUAUCAAAUAAUGGACCAAAUGCUGCAUUUAAUGAAGCAAUAAACACAGUUUUGAAUACAAAUCGUCCGGAAAUUAUUGAAGGAAUAUUGCCUGGUAUUGAAAAAGCUGUAUCGACAAAAUUACUUGAAUUAGCUAAUCAAGUUUGUAAAAAGUUUACUUAUGAUGAACUGUUUCCGGAUCGAGAAUAAUUUUAAUAUAUAUUUUUUUUUUUAAUUUUAUAUAAUAAAAACGGUUAUACCGUGUGCCAUACAAAUGCAAAAGUAUUUGUCUGAAUUUUUUCAAUAUUAAUUUAUAAAAUUUUACAAAAAAAAAUUUAUUAAAAUAAAGUUUCAGUUUUUACAAUA